AUGGUCGACGUCGAAUAUGUGGAAACCAAUAUAUGGGAGAACAUUAAUGUGGUACUGGUCAAAGAACUUUCGAGAAUUUCUUUGAUGCUUAUCGAAAUAAUGCAAAGAAAGUUGCAAGAUGAGGAGGACAAUGACUUGACCGAGACUGGUUCGAAGAGUAUUGAUAUAUCUCUUUCUUCAGAGGACAAUGAUGGACCUAAUGGUAGGAGAAAGGGUCCUAACUACGGUACUAAUGGUCGUGCAGAUAAAUCUGGAAGAACUCCUUUAACUGUGGGAGGCAAUAGAUUUAUUACUCCAUCGACAUCACGUGCUGUAAGUGCCAAUUUGAAAUCUUAUUUGGGUGGACCUUAUCCUACAUGUAGUUUGGUGCCAGUUGACAUAAAAAAAAAAUUGUUGUGGGAAAGAUUUCAGUUGAGGCUGCAUGAGAAAUUAGGUAAGCCACCUACUGCAUCACAAUUGUUCGAACGUAUACAUCGGCGAAACAAGGGAGAAGGAGACUUUGUAGAUAAUAAGUCAAGAAUUUUCUAUGAAACAGAUGACAAUGCAAUUAAUGAAAAAUAUGGUUCAAAUGCUUCCUCACAUCCUGAAAUUGACAUUGAAGCUUGGUGUGGGUCCUUGUAA